AUGUCCCUUGUUUCCUCGCGCUCCAUUCGCUCUGCUGAUUUCGCCUUGCCUGGGUUAAUGAUGUCUGCCGGUGUUGGUGUUUGGGCAGUGAGGGCGCAGGCGAAGCAGGUCAGCGACGAGGCCGAACAACUUGCCAAGACGAGGGCGCAGGUCUGUGUGGAGAUGGUCGAGAAGCAGGGUAGGAUCGCCGCACUGGAGAUGGAGUGCGCCACGCUGAAGCAGACAUUAGAGCUCCUCCAUCAGGAAAUCACAAGUACAACCACAAAACUUAGCGAGAAAAGAUUGUUUUACACAAAGACAGCUGAAACUUUGACUGUCAAACUGCAAGAGCAUCAGGAUUGGCUUGGUUCAAAUAAGAAUAAGAUGGUUGCAGUAGAACCAUUUGUUGAAGCACCUCCGAACACGCAAAACUUUGUUGAAGGGAAGGGGUAUGGAAUGCUUAAGUCAACAGGGAGCAUAGACAAGGAAUCUGAUGUUGGAAGCAAGCAGCUGGAGUUGGCUCAACUUAAGAUAGACGAUAUCAAAGAAAAAAGAUCACGACUCCUCUUAGAAAUCAGCGAACAUAAGCAGAUCCUUGAGCAGGAUAGGAACAUAACCUGUAGCUUUCCUGCUGCAGUACAGCAGAUGGAUAUGAAGUCCUUGGAGGAGGAAUACAAAGCCCUACAAUGUGAUAAAGCUGGAGAAAUUGAGUACUUGCAGUCUAUUGAAGAACGAAUCAACGGAAUGAAGGGAGUUUCUGAUCCUAUCAAAUGCUGCUGCGGACUGGAGUACACGGUAGAACUAGGCGGUGAAACCAUGUGUGCGAGUUAAACUCAUAUGUAGAUGAUCACAGGUCCACUCUGUUCGCACUAUGUAUAUGCGUCUGUUGGUACAGCUUGAAAACUCCAUAUAGAGCUACUAAACGUGAUAAAUGGACAAGUGAAAGCCUUUUUAGCAA